GUUGUUUGCACGGGUGCCGCUUUUCUUGUUCCAGAAAAGCCACACCUGGGCGGGGGCUUUGCAGACCUGUGUACCUGCUGGCUCCCUUUCAAAGCAGAUGCAGUGCUCCCAUUCUGCAGGCGCCUUCUCGCAUGUCGAUCACCUCUCUCUCAAUAGUUUUGUUAUUACUGCAGCUGGGCGGCAGGGUAUAGGUCUGAGCAUGCCUGGGAAUGGAAAAAAAAGUGACAUCCUUGCUUAGCUUCCACUCCCGCGUUGUUGUUUUUCCUUGUAAUAGUUUCAAAGCACUGCGAAGAAUGGGAGUUUCUAGCUCUGUCCAAUUUACUUGGCUUGCUACAUAUUACCACCACCUCCAUCCCGCAUAUGGCGCAUUCUCUGUAGCCUGCAAACGGAGCCGGAAGUUAUGACCAUGUGGACCUCCUUUUUUCUUUUAACACCUCUUUGGGCAGCUCUAGCCUCUGUGCUUUGAGGAGGAAACUGCUUGCUGGGGUCAGACACGUGGGUGUGCCAGUAGUUCCACCGGCGCCUCUUUAGAUGUCACGAUGUCCUCCGGUAGAAGGAAAAGUAAGGGGCGGCCUCCCCCAGAGAACGUGUCCCCGCUUGCUUUGCGGGACGUAUCUCAGCCGGAUGCUUUCGCUGUGCUGAGUUUAGUUGCUGCAGAAUUCCUGGACAAAGCAGAUGACAAAGUCCCUAAAGCAUACCGAAGAUCUCUUGUGCAGCUGUCACUCAACAGUAUGAAAUUGGCGAAUAUAUGCAUAGGACGACCAGUGUUACUUACCAGUAAACAAGGAAAACAAGAGGUUGGUACUGCCUGGCCCGUUGCAGGCUUUCCUGCUGGAAAAAUUGGCUUAAGUGGAAUUACACAGAAAAAUCUGAAAGUGGUACCCGGUGAUGCAGUUACUGUCCAGCCUGUGACUGGUCCUCUAGUGCAGGCAGAAGAAGUAGGUGUAAAGUUGAGGGGUAAAGAUGCCUGUCUCAAUGCUGAAGAGUUAUCUGCCAGUCUCCUAAGGAAUUUAGAUGAAAAGGUUGUUUUACCAGGCAACUUCUUGCAAAUCACUUUCUAUGGCAGAUCCUGCAACCUGCUGGUAACAAAAGUGAAGGGGACAGAUGGGGUUCUGCUAAAAAUGCAAGAUGGCUUAAUCCUUAAGCAGGCACAGGAAUUGUCACUGGAGGAAGAGCUGGAUUUUGAUUUAGACUUAUCUGUGCAACUUGACAAACUGGUCAUAGAAGAAGACAAUCCAGAAGGAGCAUUUACCAGCACCCCAUCUAAGCAGAUGGAUCACAACGUCUCCAUUAAUACUUCCGAAGGUGCUGUGGUGUGUGAUGAACUGGCUCAGCAAAGACUCCCUGACUCAACAGAGACUCCGUUAUUCAGUGAAGUUGUCACAGCCUCCAUUCCUCAUUUUGAACCAACCAAAUUAAAAGACAGUGAGAAAUGCAUUGGAGGUGAAGGAUUGCUGCCAGCUGGGAAUGCAGGAACUCAGCUGAACACUGAUGUGUUUUAUUUCAUUGCCUCAAGAACUAGGAUCAGUUUCAUCGAAACCCGGACUAAAGUAUCAGAAGAAUGCAAUCGUGAACCAAAGGUUACUUAUGAUUCAAUAGGUGGACUCAGUAACCAGCUAAAAACCAUAAGAGAAAUGAUUGAACUUCCUCUGAAGCAGCCUGACCUGUUUAGAAGUUAUGGAAUCCCACCUCCUAGGGGGGUGCUACUCUACGGCCCUCCAGGUACAGGGAAAACCCUGAUUGCAAGAGCGGUUGCAAAUGAGGUUGGAGCUCAUAUUUCCACAAUCAAUGGUCCUGAAAUAAUAAGCAAGUUUUAUGGAGAGAGCGAAGCCAGGUUACGACAUAUAUUUGCAGAAGCCUCUCUGCGACAACCAUCCUUAAUAUUUAUUGAUGAGAUUGAUGCACUCUGUCCAAAGAGAGAAGGGGCACAGAAUGAAGUUGAGAAACGAAUUGUCGCCUCACUCUUAACAUUGAUGGAUGGCAUUGGAUCGGAGGAUAAUGGACAGCUCUUGGUACUUGGAGCCACAAAUCAUCCCCAUGCACUAGACCCAGCCUUACGCCGACCUGGCCGCUUUGAUAAGGAGAUAGAAAUUGGUGUUCCCAAUGCUCAAGACCGGCUAGAAAUUCUCAGUAAGCUUCUUAAGAGAGUCCCUCAUUCGUUGACAGCAACCGAGUUGAUUCAGUUGGCUGACAGUGCUCACGGAUACGUAGGAGCAGAUAUAGCGGCAUUGUGCAAUGAAGCCGGUUUGUAUGCUAUGCGGAGAGUACUGGGGGAGAACACUAACCUCUUAGAUGAUGCUUUGUCUGGAUCUGUGAUUAUCACUCGUAGUGAUUUCUUACAAGCUAUGAAUGAUGUUAGGCCCAGUGCCAUGAGGGAGGUGGCUAUUGAUGUACCAAAAGUAUCCUGGUCAGACAUAGGAGGACUGGAAGAUGUCAAAUUGAAAUUGAAACAAGCAGUUGAGUGGCCACUGAAACAUCCUGAAUCUUUCAUUCGCAUGGGUAUUCAGCCCCCCAAAGGAGUGCUACUUUAUGGACCUCCAGGAUGCUCAAAAACAAUGAUAGCAAAAGCUUUGGCCCAUGAAAGUGGGCUGAACUUCUUGGCAGUGAAGGGACCUGAAUUAAUGAACAAAUAUGUUGGAGAAUCGGAACGUGCAGUCAGAGAGAUCUUUAGGAAAGCCAGAACUGUUUCGCCUUCCAUAUUGUUCUUCGAUGAAAUUGAUGCUCUGGCAGUAGAACGAGGAAGCUCUUCAAGUUCUGGGAAUGUGGCAGACCGUGUCUUGGCACAGCUGCUGACAGAAAUGGAUGGGAUAGAACAACUAAAGGAUGUGACAAUUUUGGCAGCUACCAACCGACCGGAUAUGAUAGAUAAGGCUUUGAUGCGCCCUGGUCGAAUUGAUAGAAUAAUAUAUGUGCCUCUGCCUGAUGCAGCCACUCGUCGAGAAAUCUUUAAGCUUCAGUUUCGCACCAUGCCCAUCUCUGAUGAGGUCCACUUAGAUGAGCUUGUCCAGCGAACACAGAAGUAUUCAGGAGCAGAGGUCUUUGCUUCAUCACAAGGAUCAGGAUGCAGAGAGUCUCUGUGAACAGCCAAAGGUUUCUGCUCAUUCUCUCAGGAUAUUCCUUGAUUUCCUUUUCCUGUAUAGGACUGAAUCUGAAUUAUUUCAGAUUUCUUCCUUUUCUUUUCUUUUAAGUUAUUAUGUGACUCUUUGGACCCCCAGUGGUGAUUUCUAAGCUACUUUUCCAUUAAGAUGUUUAAAUGCCACCUUUAUUUACACUUUUGUUUUCUGUAGCUGAUGCAAUAUAUCUGUUUUCCCCCUAUGAUAAUAGCUUGAGUUACUAAUUUAAAAUUAGCAGAAAAACAAAUAAGCAUGUUAAGAAAUACUGGUUCAAGUUCUUUAGGCUUCACUUAACUUCUUCUACUAAUCCUUAUAUCCUAGUUUUUUUUAACUUUAAUUUGUACAGAAAUAGUCUCAACAAACUGAUAUGGUUGUUUAUUUUAUAAAGU